AUGUCUGUUGAGCUUGAGCCCGCCGAAUUGGGCUUUCGACGCCCGUUUAACCAAGAAGUCACCGAAACUUUACACCUACGCAACCCUCACUCCGAUCCUGUUGCCUUCAAGGUACCGUUGUUGUUGUUGUCUUCUGCCCUCUUCCGCAUGGUAAACAAACAGCUGACGGAUCUCCUCACGCUUCAGGUCAAAACCACGGCGCCACGAAAAUAUUGCGUUCGCCCAAAUUCUGGCCGUAUUGAGCCGGGCAAACAUAUGGAGGUUCAAGUACUCCUGCAAGCUAUGAAAGAGGAUCCUCCGUUGGAUGUCAAAUGCAAAGACAAAUUUCUUGUCCAGUCUGUGGCUGUUUCUGCAGACAAAGAAUUCUCAAAUGUAACUUCAAUUUGGCACGACGUUGAAAAGACUGCCAAGCAUUCUAUUCAAGAACGAAAAAUCCGUGUCAAUUUCCUGCCCCCUCUAGAUGCAUCCCAGCCAAACGGAGUCGCGUCGGAAGACGAUUCGGCUAAUUUACAAACGUCUCCCGCAAAUGCGAAGUUCGAGACACCAUCGAUGCCCACCCGUGCAGCUCCAGUCAUCAUGGAGCCUCCCAUUGAGCCCCCCAACUUUAAAUCAGGAUCCUCCGAGCCUAGUGCCCCAGAGGCACUUAAACAUGCUGCAGAAGACGUGAAGUCAGAAGCAUUUUCCGGAUCGUACGAGGAUCUCAAGUCCCAGCUCCAAGAAGCCAGAGCUCAAAUUCAGCAGCUGAAACAACAGCUUGCUGAAAAUGAAAUACGGCGGAGGAAAGUGCCAGCUGCAGCCAGUAAUUCACCAGAACUUGCUACCAUACAACAACAAUCGCAUCCAUCUUCUGAAGCGGGCGUCCCGUUGCAGGUGGUUGCAGGUCUCUGCCUAAUAAGUUUCCUCCUGGCAUACGUCUUCUUUUAGGUUAUCACAUGCUUAAUAUUGUUACGAACUGCUUUCUCCACCAGUUCGUUAAAUCCCGCUAUUGACCCUCCCUUAUUUAUUUUCCUUUCUUCUUUGCGGUCUUCACCCCCAUUACGAGUGCCCUGACUAGCGUGUCCAUCCUCCAUUCAAUGUUGCAUAUAUGGCGGUUUUGACCGCCCCUCAGCCACCCGUUUAUCUAUCAGCAAUGUGUCCCCGACUUUUUGUGGUUGUCAACUUACGUGUUUGUUCCUUUGUUUUAUGUCAACAUCCUCCUUUUCCACAAUUGGUUGGCCCUUGGGAGUUUUGUACCGCGUUUUCUACCUAUUAAUGGCUAACACCCUUUCAAUACAGGGCUCCUCUGUCCUAGCAUAUUUGGUACCUCUGCUCUCUUUUAUUUCCCAUUUCAUUUCUCCUUUGUUUCAUAUACAUGUCUCAUGGCGCCAACCAAAUUCCCCCCCCCAAAACUAUCACCCUCUUCCUUUCCCUUCUCUUGCUCAAUGUGAUACGAACCAUGCGAUAGGAGUAUAUGCUUAAAAGAUGCUCUUUCUAUCCUCACUACCUCAUAUUAUUAUAUGUUAGGUAUUUACACAUCGGAAAGCAGGUAGAUAAUUGACCCAAUCAUUUAAAUAACUCCGAGUUCAAACAAGACCGAAGGAGACACGCGUACAGCUAAGGACCGUACAUAUAAAUGGCUGCGAACAAGUAUGUAUGCACUAAUAAAGGAAACUGUACUUGAGAACCCAGAUAUAAGCAAGCCAAGACAUGAUAUCUUAAUCUGUCUGGGUGGGAUCAUAUUCCCCAGACGGAGGGUCAAAAUGUAUUGUGACAAAUAAGAGUAGCCAGAAAUCCAGCCCUGAUAUAUGAGAGGGGAACAUUAUAAAACAGAUAUUAAGUAUUAAAGUAUCAAGCAAACUCCGAGAAUGCCAUAUGAAGAGAUCGAGGACAUAUUCGGAUAGAUUUUAUAAAGCAAGAAAAAAAAAAAAAAGAAAAGAAAUUGUAGAUAAGAAAUGGUUGUAGAGGAAGAAAAGAAGGCGUAUAGACUUUUCUUCUCCAAAACAAAUUCAGUUUUGGAGUUCGCUCUCCUUCCAACCACUCCCGCCGACCAUUCUACCUCCUUCGGCCCUUUUCACUCGGCACCACAUGCCCACGUUCUUAUCGAAGAUAAACGUCCAAAUAACCCACACCCAGCUUCGAUGGCAUGGUAGCGGUUCAUAGAACUCCUUUGCGAUUUUCUGGAGAGUAUGUAACCGAGUCCAAGGGAUAGCUGGAAAAUCGUGAUGUUCGUUGUGCAAGCCGACGUUAUAGGUUAAGAUAUUAAGGGGUCCGUAGUAGGAGUAUGUUUCGGGUGGAGAGAGCGAGUCCAAUGGGGAUGAGGAAGAGGAAGUGUUGGUACCUUUCUUCCCCGACUUCAUCGCCCGUUGUUCUUCGAUGGACUCGGUUCCUCCGGAUGUAUUGGAAAAGAAGUAAUGUUCCGCGAUAAAGUGACCAGCACAGGGGUGCAAGGAGCCUGCAAGGAACGAACUAAGGAGAAGAUAAUAGAUUGGCUGCAUGGACGAGCCGCAGAAUUUGUAGAGAGCAAAAUCGAAUGUAAAUUGCGCAAUGAUGUUCAGCAAG